CUUUUGUUCUGGCUCGUUGUGGCAUAUAUAAAGGCCAGCCACAGCAUCAGUGGACAUUCAAACAUCUUCUGUGAUCUCUUCUGCGAACAUGGCAUCGCGGAAGAUUUUCGUGUGGUUCAUAGCAGUAGCUCUGUUGGCCGGUGAUAUUGCGGCGAAGAAAGCGAAAGCAAAAGAAGCCGAAAUCACCAAAGAAGAAAAGGAAGCCGUAAAAAUUAUCUCUGACUUGAUUGCCGAUGCAACCAACUAUGGCGGAGGAACUGCAGUAGCUGCAGGAGGAUACGGCGGAGGCGAUGCUGGAGGAUAUGGUGGCGGCGAUGCCGGCGGCGGAGGAUAUGGUGGUGGAAGUGAUGGAGGAUAUGGCGGAGGUGCUACCUCUGGCGGAUAUGGCGGAGGUGCUUCCUCUGGCGGAUACGGCGGAGGUGCUUCCUCUGGUGGAUAUGGUGGAGGUGCUUCUUCUGGAGGAUACGGAGGUGGUGCUUCUUCUGGUGGAUACGGAGGUGGAGCUUCAGCUGGUGGAUAUGGAGGCGGAGCUUCAUCUGGAGGACACGGAGGCGGUGCUUCCGCUGGAGGAUAUGGAGGUGGUUCUUCCGCUGGAGGAUACGGAGGUGGCGCUUCCGCUGGUGGAUAUGGCGGAGGUGCUUCAGCUGGCGGUUAUGGUGGGGCAGCCGGAGGAAGCGGUGGAUAUGGAGGAGGAAGCUCAGGAGGUUCUGGUGGAAAACAUGCUGUACUCUUGGCCGUACCUGUGACUUUUGCCUUAGCUGAUGGCGGAAAGGGAGCUUCCGGAGGAGGAUAUGGAGGUAGCUCGGGAGGUGGAGGAGGAUACGGCGGUAGCUCUGGCGGAGGAGGAGGAUAUGGAGGCAGCUCCGGCGGUGGUGGUGGAUACGGUGGUAGUUCCGGAGGUGGAGGUGGAUAUGGAGGCAGUUCAGGAGGUGGAUAUGGAGGUGGAAGUAGCGGAGGAUACGGAGGCAGUUCCGGAGGUGGAGGAUACGGAGGCGGAGCUGGAAAGAGUGCAAAGGGUGGCUCUGGAGGCGGAUACGGAGGUGGUAAAUCUGGUGGAGGAGGCGGAGGAUACGGCGGCGGUCAAGGAGGUGGAUAUGGUGGAGGACAAGGAGGCGGAUACGGCGGAGGCCAAGGAGGUGGACAUGGCGGAGGUCAAGGAGGUGGAUACGGUGGAGGACAAGGAGGUGGGCAAGGAGGUGGAUACGGAGGAGGACAAGGAGGAGGAUACGGUGGGGGACAAGGAGGUGGAAAGGCUAAAGGAGGUUCAGGAGGUGGAUACGGAGGUAGCUCUGGAGGAGGAGGAGGAUACGGAGGAAGCUCUGGCGGUGGAGGAUAUGGUGGAAGCUCUGGAGGUGGAGGAUAUGGUGGAAGCUCUGGAGGUGGAGGAUACGGAGGUGGAAAAUCUGCAGGUGGAGGAUACGGAGGAAGCUCAGGUGGAGGAGGAUACGGUGGUAGCUCCGGAGGUGGAGGCGGAUAUGGAGGAAGCUCUGGUGGUGGAGGUUAUGGAGGCAGCUCCGGUGGAGGAGGAUAUGGUGGAAGCUCUGGCGGAGGAGGUUAUGGAGGUGGAAAAGCUAAAGGAGGAUCAGGAGGUGGAUACGGAGGUAGCUCUGGUGGCGGUGGAUACGGAGGCAGUUCUGGAGGUGGUGGAUACGGAGGUAGCUCUGGAGGAGGUGGAAAAUCUGGAGGAGGAUACGGUGGUAGCUCCGGAGGUGGUGGAUAUGGUGGUAGCUCCGGAGGUGGCGGAUAUGGAGGCAGUUCAGGUGGAGGUGGAUACGGAGGUGGAAAAUCUGGAGGAGGUGGUGGAGGAUAUGGUGGAAGCUCAGGAGGUGGAGGAGGAUACGGUGGCAGUUCUGGCGGAGGAGGAUAUGGAGGAUCAAGCGGUGGUGGUGGCUUACAAGGAAUUACCCUUGUCGGAAUCAAAUUGAACACUGUUGCUCUCGGAGGAGCUUCUGGUGGUAAAUCUGGAGGAGGCGGAGCAGGAUAUGGUGGCGGAGCUAGUGGAGGAUAUGGAGGUUCUUCUGGCGGUGCAGGAUAUGGAGGCUCUUCAGGAGGAGGAGGAGGAUAUGGUGGCUCCUCCGGUGGUGGAGGAUACGGUGGUUCUUCUGGAGGAGGAGGUGGUUACGGUGGCUCCUCAGGAGGAGGAGGAGGAAGUUACGGAGGCUCUUCUGGCGGAGGCGGAGGAUACGGUGGCAAAUCCGGAGGAGGUAAAAGCGGAGGAUAUGGUGGAGGAAAGAGCGGCGGCGGAGGAGGAGGAGGAUAUGGAGGUGGAUCCACUGGAUAUUAAUUGAAAAAGUGCCAGGCCAAAAAAAGAUAAUUUAUAACUGCCAACUGUACAGACGUCCCACAAGUCAAACAAAAGAAAAAAAUGAAACCUGUUGGCUGAUAGAUGGGGUUGAUACACCAAGAAAAAUCCAUGUAAAUAGCGUCAGAAGCCGCCAGUGUCACCGAAGGCAAAAUUAUCUUUGAACUGAUCCAUAUUGGUUUGAAGGCGAAAGCAUGCGCUUCGUCGCCAAUAUUUCGUCCAAAGCUAAGAUUCGGAGAUCCCCUCAAAGGGGACUUUUUUUUAGAGGCAUUUUCACCUUCAACUUCUCUCGGCAAGAGCAAGAUGACCAGCAAAAGGCACUUUUUUAGUGCAAUACCAUGAACUGAACAUAGUUUAAAUUUUUCUUGACUAUUUUAGCCUUUUGUUGUGUUUGCUAAGCAUGAACAUACUGCGCAUUACAAACAUGUUGACUACGGGACAAUUGUAAUUAAACUGUUUAUUUGUGAUAA